AUGCCCCCUGAUUCCCCCUCCGGUGGCGGCGCCUCUGCCGACGUCGACCUGAAGCGUGAUCCUUCCCCUUACAGCUCGAGCAGGCGACUGCCCCCACCUUGCUGGGCCCACGAGGAGACGGGUGCCCUAAUACAGUCAUAUUCCCAGAAAUGGCACGCUCUCCAGCGGGGGAACCUCAAGGCGGCCCACUGGGAGGAGGUAGCCGGUGCCGUCGCCGUCCGCUGCCGCCCGCUGUACGCCGCCGCCCAUCACGCCGGCAACAGCCCCAAGACCGCCGUGCAGUGCCGCCACAAGAUGGAGAAGCUCCGCAAGCGCUACCGAUCUGAGCGGCGGCGCCACAACCACUCCUCCUGGGUCCACUUCCCGCAGAUGCACGCCAUGGAGAUGGGGGCGCCCCUCUUCAUCCAUGGCGGCGGCGGCGGCGCCGACCGCUCGAAGGCGGCGGUGGCGACUACAGUACCGCCCACCCACAUCGACGAUGACUCCGCCGGCGCCCUACGAUUUCAGAUCACAAAGGCAUUGAGGGCGACCUCCCCGGGCCUGGUGAACGGCCAUGCCGAAGAGCUCCUCCCGCCUGCGGAGCCGCCGUCGGCCGCUGGAGAUAUGCGGCGGAGGAAGAAGAGGGCGGCUGGAGUGCCGUUGCUCGGGGAGAUGGCGGCGGCGGUGAGGAUGGCGAGUGACGGGUUCCUGAGAGUGGAGGAGAUGAAGAUGGCGGCGGCGAGGGAGAUGGAGAAGCAGAAGAUGGAGAUGGAGCUGCGGCGCACGGAGAUGAUGAUCGAGACUCAGAACCGGAUUGUCAACGCUUUCAUAAGAGGCUUCUCUCAGAGCAAGAAAAAGAGGCCCAAAGUCAACCCCGAGCCCUGA